GUAGAUUGAUUCUGCAAUUGCUGCAGCUCGCAAGUUGUGGAUCAGUGAACAGGAUAAAAGAACAAAUGAGCUCAUUCAGUUAUCCCUGAAGCAAGUCCAAGAGAAGCACUCGUCGACUCUUAAGAAGCUUGUUCAAGAGAAAGGUGAAGUUAUACAGCUCCUGGACAUUAGUAAUCAAGAGAAAUUGAAAUUGGAGCAAGAUUUUAAAAAGACAAAAGAGAAAUUAAAGAAAGUAAUGAAGAGAGCAGAUAAACUAGAGGGAGUAUUGAAGAACUUUAAAGAAGCUUUGCCUUCUUUCCAAAAGGAUCUAGUCGAACUGAUGGCUAGCACGUUAUUGGCUCAGGAGAAAUGGUACACACAGCAUAACUGAUAUUAUCCUAUUAUUAUAAAAGUUUUAUUAAUCAUCAUCAAAACUACUUUCAUAGUCACAUGAGGUCACGUGGUUAAGAUAUACGGAGAUAACCGGAUAAGUAAAGGGUCACAUUUCGAUACGUGAGGCUAUGCUCUCAAAGUUUGAAUUGGAAUUAUUGAGGCCAUGGGUUUCUGGAAGGGUCACCGCUCUCCUGGGAGGCUUCAAUCCAACAGUAGUCAAUACAGUGUUAGAAUGUAUCGCUAAGAGCCUCAACAGGCAAGCAACAACAGAAAAGCUAAGAACCUACUUAGAGCAUGAGACUGCUGGUUUUGUUGAGAAUUUGUAUCGUAAAGUUUUAGAAGUUAAAUCGGCCAACAUAGCCACAGGAUCCAGCAUACAAGGAAUAAAGAGAGCAUUUGAAUCAGCAGAAGCAGCUGCAAAUGCACCAGCAACAAAGAAAAGUCGAUUUGGUCCAGCUGAGACUAAAGGUGGGAGUAUGUCACAUGCAGAGAUUGAGGCAGUCCUUCAGUCGACCAUCAAAGAUAUCGAGGAGAAAAGAUCACAGACCAAAUCCUUCCUACCUAAAUCUAGUGCAGCUGGUAUAUUGCCUACGCCUAAAGCUAUUGCAAUACCUGCCAGUCAGAUACCUAUAGUCAGCAGUGCAGUAGAGAAGGCAAAGAGAGCUGCAGAACUGCAAGCAAAAAUAAGCAGCACUUUAGCAUCUAAACCAGGUCUACUGGCAUCGGUGACUGAGAAGAUGGCACUGAACAAGCCAGUGCCUCUAGUGUUGGAUUCUGAAGGUAAGUCGGAUAUACCAACUGCUACUAGAGCACCUACUCUAAUGGCUAAUGUCAGAGCUCAGCAAAGAGCUCAGGUUAAGCAGAUCAGUCGGGAACAGCCAAAGAGGGAGGAGCGGCCGGAGAGGAACCCCUACUUUGAUCAGAGGGUAACACCACAAGUCGGAGGAAGAGGACGAAAGCAGUUCAAAUUCAAUGACCCUGGCAAGUAUGUCAAGUUAGGACAGACGAUAAGGACUAAAGCUAAAAUGGAGAAACUUCAGUCUGAGAUUGCAUCAAGUGCUCGUAAGACCGGAAUAUCAUCAGCAACCAAACUAGCACUCAUUGCACCAACCACUGAAGAGAGAGAAGAUGAUAUACCACUUGUUGAAUGGUGGGAUGCCGACCUACUCCCCAGCAGGGCAUAUGAAGACUAUGACAGAGUAUUACCAUUGGAACAGAAAUACAAAGAAAUCACAAACUUGAUUGAACACCCACUACCAGUUGAACCAGCAGGUCAACCGAAUAAGCCGAUACUGCCUCCUGUCAUUUUGACUAAAAAUGAACGCAAGAAGAUACGCAAGCAGAGAAGGAGAGAGGCCGAGCUUGAAAAGCAAGAAAAGAUACGAUUUGGCUUUAUGGACAAACCAGAACCAAAACUUCGUAUAUCAAAUAUGAUGCGCGUAUUAGCAACUGAUGCUAUACAAGAUCCUACGAAGAUCACUGCUCAAGUCAAGGCACAAAUGGCCGAGAGACAAAGAAUACAUGAAGAAGCUAAUGCUGCUCGAAUGUUAACUCCUGAGCAGCGGCGAGCAAAGAAACUUCAAAAGAUACAAGAGGACACGAGCACUGGCGUUCACAUCACUGUCUAUCGCAUCAAAGACCUUUCAAAUCAUUCCAAUAAAUUCAAAGUUGAUAUAAAUGCCCAGCAGUAUCAUUUGACUGGGUGCGUGUUAGUGUAUCCAAAUGUUAAUCUUGUGGUUGUGGAGGGAGGGCCGAAAGCACAGAAGAAAUACAAGAAGCUGAUGUUGCAUAGGAUUAAAUGGAAUCCAGAGAACAUUGGAGAUGAUGAUGAAUCUGAUAGUGAGAAGAAUUCUAAUGCUAACAGUUGUACUGUAGUCUGGGAGGGUGUUAGGAGUACACGUCAUUUCUAUGACUGGAGGUUCAAGCAGUGCCCCAGUGAGACGAUAGCUCGUGAGCAUCUUAAGAAGCAUGGAGCUGAACAUUACUGGGACAUGGCUCUCUCUUUGAGUAUAGUUGACCAAGACAAAGAAUAAUCAAGAAUACUAGCUACAGCUCUCAAUUAACAGGCAGAACUUUCAUUUUAUUUUAAUAAAUAAUAUAAUAAUAAAUAAAUUGAU